UCCUGCUUACCAGUGCCCAAUAUAGUCUGCGUUACACCCACUCUCAAUACUAUAUAUUCCCCGGCUCGACCCCAUCUCUCCAAUAUUGGAAACCCGACUUGGUUCACGUACUAGCGCCUGUCUGCCAGCGAACCCAUUCGCUUGUCUCAACAAAUAUCAAUCAUGUUGCAAACUAUCGAGCAAACGCACUCCGCAUCCGUACACUACGCGUCGCUGCCUACUCCUCCAGCAUCCACUGCUGGCUCACCGUCCACUUCGUCCGCAAACCUAUGCAAGACCACCGAGGUGGCCAUCCCUCACCGUCACCACAUUCUCAUCGUCACCGGUCCUGCAGGAUGCGGAAAGAGCACCAUUGCCAAGGUUCUCAGCAACCGUUACGGUUUCGAGUACAUUGAGGGCGAUGAGUACCACCCAAAAGCCAACAUCGACAAGAUGGCAGCCGGCAUUCCCCUAAACGACGAGGACCGUUGGGACUGGCUGAUCCUCCUGCGCGACCAGGCUCUCCAGGACCUCAAGAAAGGAGCAAAGGGCGUUGUCAUCACCUGUAGCGCUCUGAAGAAGAAGUACCGCGAUGUCAUCCGAACCGCCAGGCUGUACGAUGAGGAGCCGGACGCCAACGUGCACUUCGUAUACCUCCGUGCUGACAAGGAGACUCUCCUCGCCCGCGUCCGCGGCAGGCAAGGCCACUACAUGAAGGACAGCAUGGUUGAAAGCCAAUUCGCAGCGCUCGAGGAGCCCGAUGAGCUCGAGGUGAAGCAGCUCAAGGACGUCGAGAUUGUUGAUGUCAAGGGCGGCAUUGAGGAAGUGUCUCAACUUGCGUCUGAUGCCGUCGACAGGGUUCUUGUGUCCCGGUAGCGUCUGAACUCAGCUUCUUUCGUUCGGUAUUACCGUUUCUGGCUCUACCUGCAGAGCUGGUACUUUGAGCGUUCAGCAUUAGUGGCGUUGGGGUUUGGCUAUUUUUGGCGCAAUCUAUGCGAUAUAUACCCUUGCGAGACGGCUUGCAUUGGGCGUGGUGUUGUAGAUUACACUGUCAUUUCCACUUCACGUGGGUGAAGCUUAUGUUGAGAAGAGUGUGAGC